GAGUUAUGAAGAGACUACACAAAGGCUACCUCGUCGCUCUCCUUCUCGUAAUCUGCAUUGUAUUAUAUUUGCAAAGCACUUUCAUUUACUGUUUCCUACAAAGAUGCUCUUUGAAAGAUAAAUAUGAUGCGGAUUUUGAUUAUUCAAGUUUAAUCACAGAUCCUGGGAUCAUGUUUGUGCAGACUACAAAUGAGGUGGAGCCGACACCACUGGCUGUAUGUGCCGUGGAAUCAGCUGCUCGGGAGAAUCCAGAUAAACCUGUUUAUUACUUUAUGAAGGGACUCAGCGGGAAUUUAUCACAAUAUCCAUUCCCUCAGUAUGUUGCUGCUCCCAUGCUUUCAUCAAUCAAGAACGUUGUAUUGGUUCCUUUGAGGCUCAAGGCAUUGUUUCAAAAUACGCCUUUGAGUUUCUGGUAUCAACAGGUAAAUCCGUACCGGCAACAAUACUGGAUUCAUGUGCUCUCUGACGCCUGCAGGUUAGCAGUUCUGUGGAAAUACGGUGGCAUCUACCUGGAUACAGAUAUUAUAUCCCUGAAGCCUUUGCAGUUCACAAACUUUAUCUGCGCAGAAGGAUACAUGACUGCCAAUGGUGCAGCCCUCGGAUUUCAGGAUCACCAUCAAUUCAUGUGGGACUGCAUGGAAGACUAUGUCACCAACUACAAUGGGCAGAUCUGGGGUCAACAAGGUCCUCAUCUGAUCAGUCGUGUGUUGAAACAUUGGUGUCAGUCUGAUAACCUUGGCAAAUUUCUUGACUUGCAAUGCAAUGGCAUUUCUUAUUUGUCUCCCAGAUAUUUUUAUCCAAUUAAAUACACUGAGUGGCAGAGGUUCUUUCAGCCCUGGAAUAAGAACGAUAUUGAAUCCUUUUUCUCAGAUACAAAAGGGGUGCACAUCUGGAACUUCAAAAACGUGGGACAACAAAAACGAGUGGUUGCCGGAAGUGGAACAUUAAUAGAGAAUUUGUUUAUAAAAUAUUGUCCGACCACCUAUAAGGUUCUCGUAAAACGUAGCAGCUUUAUACAGUAAAUUUUGCACACGGAAGAGGUAAAUACGCUUUAUUGCAACAUCAGCCUCCAACCAUAAUAUUCUUGUGUUGUAUGACACUGUGGAGGAUAAUGACGUACGGUAUACCUUGUAUCGUAUAUAUAAUGGACACCUG